CCUUUCUGGCUCUGCUCUUGCCUGUGCCUCCUAGUCCUAACAGGACCUCUGCUUUGAUUUGGGUAUCGUUGUUUUCACCUUUUUGUGUUACUGCGUUCUAUCUUGUGCACUUCGUUUUGUGCGUUGUGCGUUUUUUUUUUUCUGGUAGCCCAGCAAGCGUUGCUUUAUUCUUUUGACUUUCUUUUCGUAUGUUUCUUCUGUUUUCGCGAUGUUCUACGCGUACGUACAUUACCCCGCCGACAAAGAGAAGGCGAUCAUGCCUGUGUGCCUGAUCAAGGAUUAUAAUCCAAAAACGGAGACUGACAUCCCUAGUGAACCGGUGCAAGCGUAUUGGCGCUCCGAGGCCGGCCUUGAAGAAGGCUACUACGAGGCGAAAGUGGUCCUUCUUGCAAAAUCGAAGAGGGCACUUCUCGAGGAGAUGGCCCACAAGAAGCGACUGGUUAUUCCCCAGAUUUUUGAGGAACCAGUGCAAGCAUCAACAUCAGGUUCUGCGUCCAACAAGAACUUGAAACAACGCAAGGCUCUUGCCAAGAGGAAACAGAUGGCGAGCAUUCUAAGUAAGAAGAGGCCUUUAGCAGGAGACUCAACCGACGACGAGGACCCUGCAGUUGUGCCGAAGUCGGAGCUAGAUAGGGCUGAAGAAGCUCUGCGAUCUCUGCGGAAGAGGCUCCGCAAGGCGGAGGAAAAGGCUUGUGCCACAUGUGCCGAAGGCGUUGUGUCGAAAGCCGAACAUGACGCAGCUCUUGGAAAAAUUGAGCAGCUUCAAAAGAAACUAAAGGAAGUAGAAGAUUCCAACUUUCGACUCAUGCGUGUCGUCCUCGACAAGAUCGAGAUCACCAGAGAGGCCAGUCACCAGGCCACUCACCAGCUGCAGGGAAGAACGUCAGUGCCUGCUGCACCCAUCCCUGUCCCCGUCCCCGUCCCUGUCUCUGUCCCCGUCGCUGCUCCUGUCCCUGUCCCCGUCGCUGCUCCUGUCCCUGUCCCCGUCGCUGCUCCUGUCCUUGUGCCCGUUGCUGUCCCUACUUCGGUGCCUGAUCGUGUGAUGACAGAGGCCGGAUGUGUGUCUACAAUGCUGUACCGCACAACUGGGGCAUCGGGCAGCACGCAAGAAUUGACAGACUCCGAGGAGUGUUCCCAUCUGCAACCUGCAGGGAACCUAUCCCCGCUCCCUGUGGAGGCUACAGAGUCUGAGGAGGUUCUUCCCGCUGAACCACACAGUGAUGCCGGGGCUGCUGGCUGUGGGGAGUCUGGGGAUGUUCCUUAUCCUCCGCUUCUUGCUGUCCUGGAUGGUCAAGUUCAUCUCGGCCACGGCAUAACUCUGGCGGAGGCCACGAUGACCCACGCUCUCACCCAUGCGUCCACUCCUGGACGGUUCGUGAGAAUGGUCAGUUGAGGCCUCUGGGAGCCUGCAGCGCUGUUUGACCGGAGCGUCACCGGACAAGCCUGCAGGCGCCUUCUCAAAAAUGGGGCAGUGGGGAAGACACCCCUCACCCCAGAAAAGAUUGAUGCCGUCAUUGCUGCGUUUGGCUGCUAUGCAGAAAAGCAGGCCAAAAUCAAGAAAGACAAGGAGGACGGCAAGAAAGACAAGGAGGACGGCAAGAAAGACAAGGAGGACGGCAGCAACAAGCCAGGUCCCAAGAAAGGCAAAGAGCCGUCCGUCAGGGACGUGGUGAAAAAGCUCUUGGGUGACUAUUUGGUCGAUAAGAACAGGGAAGAGGAGAGGGCGAAGAAGAACACAAAGAACGCCCACGAAUCUCCGUUAGCAGUUCCCCCACCCUAAACGCCAGUCGCUUCCGCUUUUCGUCCUUUUUUUUUUUUUUUUUUUGCUGCAAUAUUUUUUUUUUUUUAAUUUUUAUUGUGUUUUGGCAUUAUACUUAUAAGAACCUUGUGCAAUAUGUAUUUUUAUUUACAAAGCUAUAUUUUUUUUAUGAUUUAUUAAUCAUUUUUCAGUCUUGAAUGUGUUAAUGGUACUGACGGGAUAAGUUGUUUCGUUUGUUUUAAAUCGAAAACAUGCUUUUACGACAAAAACUUGGGCAGCUUCGAAAUGCCUCCGCCAGGUGCCGUCAGCCGUGGUGCUGUAUUUUGGCUUUUUAUCAAAGCUAGACACUGAUCUCUGGGGCUAAAUAUAUUUAAAAAAAUAGUUUAUCAUGUUUUUACUGCAAUCGCAAUAAAAAUCUCGGCUUAGUUUUGCGUAAAAACCUCAGUAUUUCGUACGGUCAUGUGUCCAGCGGUCAAACAACAUGGCGGCAGCCAAGAGGGGGUCAGUUUUGCUUGGUGAACGGAAUACCACUUUAUCGCUUUAAACCCCUCUGUAUACCUAGUUGGCUCUCUUGUAUAUAUUUGUGGUUUUGCCUUAUUUUCUUGAUUUUUUUUGUAGAGGAUUUUGUGUGUGCGUGGUGCGCGGGUCCUUUUGAAAACUAGCACCUCCUCGGCAAAUGCGCCUUUUCCUAGGUAUUGUGCAAUAAAGAAUUUUCGCAGUGCAUUUUAAAAAGAUGAUAUAUUACAAAUUUACUAGAUGAGUAUUUCAAUGUAUAUUUACAGGUCCUUAGAAGUUCUUAAAAACCCUUGAAUUUUUUUCUUUAAAGCCUGUACGAACCCUGGUGUGAAAUGUCUGAGUUUUGAGCCUUAAACAUAUUUUUUUUAAAUGUUUUACGAAAUUUUAAAUGUAUCAUUCCUCAGAUUUUAUGCGAUUGUGUGUUUUCAGACUAUAUAAAUGAAUCUUCUCGUUUUUUUCACAA